AAUAUUUUUUUUAUUGUGUAUUGAAUAGUGUUUUAUUUUAUUAAAAAAAAUGGUGAAUAAAGUGUAUAAAGUUAGUUCGGCAAAGGAAGAGAAAAUGGGAAACAAACACAAUCAGAUUUUAAUGUCUAUUGUUGUCUGCAUGCCGAUCCUCGCGUACGGCACCGCCAUGGGCUGGAUAUCCCCCAACAAGGCCCUUCUCAUGGGGGACUCCUCCCCCUCCAACUCUCCCCUUUCGGAGGAGGAUGUAUCCUGGAUGGCCUCCAUCAUGUUCAUCUUCGCCCCUAUCGCGGUCUUUGUGUAUGGGGUAGCUGCUGAUAAGUUUGGGCGGAAGAAUGCGUUGUUGUGUGCAUCUUUACCUAUUUCGUUGGGCUGGGCAGUGAAACUGAUGUGCGCGCAUCCAAUAGCGCUGAUCGGAGCGCGAGCCCUCAUCGGCUUCGGCUCGGGCGGAGGCUUCGUGGUCUGCCCCCUCUACGUGAAGGAAAUUAGUGAAGACAGCAUCAGAGGCAUGACUGGGACCUUCGUUAUAUUCUCACAGACUGUUGGAAACUUACUCGUGUUCAUUCUUGGAGAUCUUCUCCCAUUCAACACCGUUUUAUGGAUUCUGCUAGCGAUCCCCCUGAUCCACUUCUGUUUCCUUCUGCGGUUGCCUGAGACACCUUCCUACCUCGUCAAGUGUGGGAAAAAUGAGGAAACCGCAAAGGUUUUAGCUUGGCUCCGGUCCUUACCAGUUGACGAUAAGUCCAUUACGGAGGAGGUGGACAGACUGAUCAUUGAGCAGACAACAUGCGAACCUAAGUUCUCACCUAGGUUACUCUUCUCCGACAAAACAGCAGUGAAAGCUUUCUGGGUGGCUCUCAUAGUGAACCUGACGAGGGAGUUCUGUGGCUGCAUCGCUGUUCUGGUCUACGCCAGCCACAUCUUCGCAGAGGCCGGCAAAGACCCUGGGACCAGCAUCGCGCUGUCUCCAAACAAGCAAUCAAUUUUGCUAGCUGCAGUUCAAAUCAUAGGAUCGUUUUUAGCGUGUCAACUUGUUGACAGAGCUGGUAGAAAGCCUCUCCUAGCUGUCACAAGCGUGGUAGCCGGCUUCAGCAUGUGCCUCCUCGGCGUGUGGUUCUACCUUCAAAGCAUUGGUGUCUUCAUGCCCGGCUGGGUGCCCAUCGUGGCUCUCUGCGUGUGUAUUUUUGCGGACGCCUCGGGUUUACAACCUCUGCCCUUCGUUAUAAUGACUGAGAUGUUUAACUUCCAGCUUCGAGGCACCGUAGCGACUCUCAUCAUGGCCAUCUCCCUAGGCACAGACUUUGCGCUACUAAAGCUCUUCGCACCUCUCAACACCUGGAUAGGUUACCAUUUCACAUUCUGGAUAUUCAGUUUUAUCUGCCUGUCAAACGUUUUUUACCUAAUCUUCUGCGUACCAGAAACGAAAAUGCGGAGUCUCGAAGAUAUUUACGCAGACUUAGAAGGGAAAAAGAAAAAGAAUAAAACAGAUGACGUAGAAGUUGUUGAAACGAACCACGUUUAAUGUUCCUAUAAAGUAUAUUUUUUGAGUUGGUCAUGAUUUUUCGACGCCAUCUUGGCAAGCGUUGCCGAACUUUGACAAGAUUUAAAAUGGCGCCUUGUAGGUAUAAGUUGCAGGUUAUUUUUAUGUUUUGAUAUUUAAUUAUUUACUUGAAUAUUUAGAAUAAGUGUAAAUGUAAUUUAGUUGAGAUGCGGUUUGUUGUUUCAUAGGUUGUUCGUUGAUAUAAUUUUGUAGUUUUCUACGAGAUUUCAGUAUUACUCAUUGGUUGUCGAAGCACCUAACACUUACCGCAUCUAGUAGGUAGUUAUUAAACUACAUUGAAUUGUGGUUCCUUAACUUUUAAGAGCAAUGACUGAGCAAUUCGUGGUUGCUCGCUAAGAUUCGAGCAGCCCUUAUGGCUCCUCACUGACUUCAAAUGACUGUGAAAUUUUUUCAAGAUACAAAAUCUAAUAUAUAAAAUUCCCGUGUCACGAUGUUAGUUACCAUACUCAGAAAC